UUGACCUGUUCUUCCUAUAUAAAGAAUUUCAAAACUUGAAAAUCUGUAUUCAACGUAAUGGAGGAUAAAGAUAUUGCAGCUUUAGUUUUCGACAAUGGAUCAGGAAUGUCCAAGGCUGGAUUUGCCGGAGACGAUGCUCCCAGAGCUGUGUUCCCCUCCAUUGUUGGACGUCCCAAGCAAGAGGCUACAGGAGGGAAGGACUGCUAUGUAGGAGACGAAGCCCAGAGCAAGAGAGAUAUCCUCACCCUUAAGUACCCCAUUGAACACGGCAUCGUCACCAACUGGGACGACAUGGAGAAAAUCUGGCAUCACACCUUCUACAAUGAACUCCGUGUGGCCCCUGAGGAACACCCCGUCCUUCUUACCGAGGCCCCGCUUAAUCCCAAGGCCAACAGAGAAAAGAUGGCACAGAUCAUGUUCGAGACCUUCAACUCUCCCGCCAUGUACGUCGCCAACCAGGCCGUACUGUCCCUGCACGCUUCCAGUCGUACAGCUGGUAUUGUACUUGACUCCGGGGAUAGUGUUACCUACGCAGUCCCAAUCUAUGAAGGUAACGCCCUUCCGCACGCUAUAUUGAAAUUGGAUCUCGCUGGACGUGAUCUGACCGAUUACCUUAUGAAAAUUCUCACAGAGCGUGGUUACUCAUUUGCCACAACAGCCAAUAGAAAAAUCGUUACAGACAUUAAAGAAAAAUUGUGCUAUGUUGCUCCGAACUUUGAACAAGAAAUUACUACUGCUUCUUCAACCUCAUCCCUUGAGAAGAGCUAUGAACUUCCGGAUGGUCAGGUUCUCACUAUUGGCAGCGAGCGAUUCAGGUGCCCAGAGGCUAUGUUCAAGCCAUCCUUCCUUGGAAUGGAAUCUUCGGGAAUCCCUGAAACCAUUUACAACAGUAUCAGGGAAUGUGAGGAGGGUAUCUCUAGAGAGCUGAUCGCCAAUAUAGUGUUAUCUGGUGGUUCCACUAUGUUCCCCGGAUUUGCUGAGCGCAUGGAGGCGGAAAUCAAACAGCUUAUACCGCCUAAAAUUACGACAAAGAUCAUUGCCCCACCAGAUAGGAAAUACUCCGUCUGGAUAGGUGGUUCCAUCCUUGUUUCUCCCUCUGCCUUUCAAGAGAGGUGGAUCAGCAAAAAAGAGUACGAUGAAUCCGGUCCAAUCGUUGUCCACAAGAAAUGUUUUUGAAACUAUUUAUUGGUAUUGACGCACCAGAAAUAUUUGAAUCAUAUUCAGAAAGACUUAUAUUUACGCUUAAAUUGUUUUAAUUUGCUUUUCUUUUUACUUCAUAGUACUGUUGCUUACGUAUAUGAAUAAAGAUUUCUUUGACAGUUGGAUUU